CUGAUGAUACUGUCAAUGUCAAUCUGAGCUGUCAUACAACUAGUUCGAAGUCGGUAAAUGAGUAAUUAAUUAAUUAUAUCGAAUACCUCAUAUACUCUUUGAUAUCGAAGGGAAUUCGACGUAAGAGAAAUCACCGCAUUGCUUAAUCGUAUAUUACUACUGAAAGUGUUCAAACGUACAUUUCAACCAUGAUUCUAAUGGACAUUUAUGACACUGCUAGUUGGUGGACUUUAGUAAUAGCUGCUCAAGUGGUCAUCGGUACUGUAUAUUUCUUAUGGCAGAGGAAAUCGAAUAAGGAGCCAGCAGAUAAGUUAACUAAGAAAAAAUUAUUGGAAUGGAAACCUUUACCUCUGGUCGAGCGUGACUUCGAAGUCGACGAACCGCCCCUAAUGGAAAAAAUAGAUGAGAAAGUACUUAACGUCGGUGCGACGAGUUUCUUGUGCCUUGAUAAGGAGCCCUCGAUAAUGGAAAAUGCCAUUAAAUCAUUACACAAAUAUGGUGUAGGGUCUUGCGGACCGAGAGGUUUCUAUGGCACCAUAGAUGUUCAUUUAGAACUGGAAGAAAGGUUAGCCAAGUUUAUGCAAGUUGAGGAGACUUGUGUUUACUCAUAUGGGUUCUCUACAAUCGCCAGUGCUAUACCAGCAUAUGCCAAGAAGCCUGAUAUUGUUUUUGCCGAUGAAAAAGUCUGGUUUGCUAUUCAAAAAGGUCUUGACGCCUCAAGAAGCACUAUCCGCUACUUCAAACACAAUGAUAUGAAUGAUCUUGAACAUUUACUUGAAGAGGCAACUGCAAAAAAAGAGUUAAAUCCUAAGCGAAGGGCAUUUUUAGUUGCUGAAGCUAUUUAUUUCAAUACAGGCAAAAUGUGCCCAUUGAGAAAGCUUGUUGAGUUAGCACGGAGGUUCAAGUUAAGAAUUAUCUUGGACGAAAGUUUAACUAUUGGUGUAAUCGGUAAACACGGGCGUGGUCUGACGGAACACUUAAACGUGCCGAGAGAUGAAAUUGAUCUAAUUGUCGGCUCGUUAGAACAUUCCUUCGCCACUAUCGGUGGUUUCUGCGCUGGAACGCAUUUUAUUGUCGAACACCAACGUCUUUCUGGUUUAGGUUACUGCUUCAGUGCGUCGUUACCGCCAAUGCUGACACAAGCGGCCAUCUCCGCACUUGAUAUCUUGGAGCAAAAACCCGCUAUUAUAAGUGAACUCGAUGAAAACUCGAGGAAAUUGAAUCUCGCCAUCGCGAAUUUGAAGCACUACAGAUUCAGUGGCGAUGAGCUGUCACCUGUCAAACACAUUUACCUCAAAGACUCCGGACUGGACGACUGUAUGAAACAAAAGUACCUGAAAAAUAUAACUAAAUAUUGCCUAGAGAAAGGUGUCGCUAUGACGGUCGCCGCUUACUUGAAAGAGGCAGAAGUUAAUUGUCCGGAACCUUCCAUAAGAUUAGCGUCUAGCAGAAAAUUAAAUGACAGUACUAUAUCACAAAUAUGUUCAUUGCUAGAUGAGGCCUACGAAAAAGUUGGGCCCGGAACAGAUUUUUAAUUUUUUUAGGUGUAAAUGAAGUUAACAUUACUUUUUUUUUAAUUUAUGUCAGUGUUACCACAUUUCAAAUAUGAUUUUCCUAAUAUUUCAAAUUUAAAAAAAAUAUACAAAACAUCGUCUCUGCAUCCAAUGAGGAUGUUUCGUGAUAUUCACUUUAUGUGUAUGGUUUUUUUAAUUUUGAAAUAAGUUACUAUUUGUUUUUAAUAGGAUGGAAAAUAAGAGUUAAUUGUGAUAAAACAGUUGUGACUCAUU